CUGGCUCUGGUGCUUCUGUCCCCAGAUUCUUGGAUACUUUGACAUUGGUUUCACCUCUGUCUUCACAGUUGAAAUAAUCUUGAAGAUGACAGCCUAUGGUGCUUUCCUGCACAAAGGCUCCUUCUGCAGGAACUCUUUCAAUAUCCUCGAUUUACUGGUGGUCGCUGUCUCCCUCAUCUCCAUGGGAAUCGAGUCCAGUGCCAUCUCAGUGGUGAAGAUUCUCCGGGUGCUGAGGGUACUGAGGCCUCUGCGAGCCAUUAACAGGGCAAAGGGGCUGAAGCACGUGGUCCAGUGCGUGUUCGUGGCCAUCAAGACUAUCGGUAACAUUGUGGUCGUCACAACGUUGCUGCAGUUCAUGUUUGCCUGCAUCGGGGUCCAGCUCUUCAAGGGCAAGUUCUAUAGAUGCACAGAUCCAUCCAAGGUGACGGAGAAGGAGUGCAGGGGUUAUUUCAUCAGCUACGUGGACGGGGACCCCACACAGAUUGAGCUACAGAAGCGUGUCUGGUUGCACAGCAACUUCCACUUCGACAGCGUCUUCUCAGCCAUGAUGUGGCUUUUCACUGUCUCCACCUUCGAGGGCUGGCCAGAGUGA